UCUUCCUGCACGAGCAGCUCAGGUGACCCAGCACAGCGCCAUGUGCUCCCGCCAGGAGAAGGACCAGUGCCACCGGCAGCAGCGCCAGAGCAGCGGCGGCUGCCACAGCUCGGGGGGUGGUGGCUGCCACAGCUCCGGUGGUGGUGGCUGCCACAGCUCUGGGGGCAGCUCUGGGGGCUGUCACAGCUCUGGUGGCAGCUCUGGGGGCUGUCACAGCUCCGGUGGUGGUGGCGGCUGUCACAGCUCUGGCGGUGGCGGCUGUCACAGCUCCGGUGGCGGUGGCUGCCACGGGAAGCCGCAGAUGCAGGGCCAGCAGCAGCAGCAGCAGCAGGUGCUGCAGAUGCCGCAGCAGAAGAUGAAGUGACAGCGUGGCACUCGCCUUGUCCCAGCUCUGGCAGCAAAGGCC